AUGAAGGAAUUUGUUAUGGACAGCGAAUGCCCUCAAAGAAAACGCCACACUACGUUAAAACUCUGUGGUGAUUAUAGUUGUGUUUCAGAUUUGGGAAAGAAAUUGGCAGAAACACUUAGCAAAAACACCGCGUUAGCUUCGAUCGAUCUUAAUUAUAAUGAUAUUGGAUUCAAAUAG